GGUUAGGUCGAUCACGAUAUCUGCUUGUAAUAUCCAACAUUUUUUGAAACCAUGUAUUCAAUAAUGUGAAGUAUUUUCUUCUAAUAAAAUCGGAAAGUAAAUGAUAAUUUCAAUGAAUCGUAUAAUAAACUUAACACACUUUAAGUGUUACAUUUACGUAAGGUAGAAAAUACAUUACGUAUUAAAUCUAUUCUAUACCUUAUCUGUGGUUGAACAUUAAGGAGCACCAAAUCAAAUACUGACUAAAUCAGACCACGUGCCAAAACAUUGACAGCACAAUGCAUUGUGAAUAUUUUUGUAUUAGUAUAACAAAUAUUAAAAUGUUAUUGUGACGUAUAAUCAUUUAAUGUAGCAUGAAUGUUAAAGAGAAGUAGUUAUAUUCUUUCUUAUAUACACAUUUUAAGUAUAAAAAUAGUUUAAUAUUUAUAUAAAUAAAUGGAGGAUAAUACAAUGGUGGAUAAUACUACAGAGGAUCAAAGUAUUUUAACAUCAAAAGCAUACAAACGAGCUGAGACAAACUUAAAGGAUAGAAUAAAUCGAACAUGUUUAAAAAAUUAUCCACAUUAUUUGGUACCAGGAUAUAACUUACAUAAUGAUUUCUCGUUGGAUGAUGUUGAUUUGGAAAAUAUUGUUGAACAAUAUCAAGAGUAUCCUUACUAUUGUGAUCUACCACGACCAUUAUUACCUCCUGCUAAAAUUCCAAGAAGUGUGUUAAAUAAACAAGAUCCUGUAUUAGAACUGCUUAGUGUUAAGGAUCAUAUGAACGAUGAUCUACAAAGACUGAAGCAUUAUUAUCUCAAACAUGAGAAAGAGUUAGGACAAACAUAUAAAAAAAAUAUAAAAUGGCAACAAACAGGAAAAGCAGUUACUGCUAAAAUACCUAAAUAUGUAGCUGUUGUAGCAGAAAUUAUGGAUCUAGAUCCAGAUCCGUACUUUAAAGGGGCUUAUAAUUGGUACUUCACUGGUGGAUCUGUAGAUCAAAUUCAAAUAAAUGAUAAGAAUAUAUUACUUUUUCCUUUCAUGAGUGAAUUAGUUGCUGCACCUAUUGUUAAUAUAGAUGAAUUUCUCUGGAAACCAAUAUUUCAAAAAGCAACUAAAUGUGAACUUGAUGGUUCAUUAUUUGAAUUGAAACAUAAUAUUAAUGUUGACUCCUGUAUGAUUUUGGGUAGAUACAAGAGUCAUUGUAAUUUUUACAUAUUAUCAGAACGCAAUACUAAAUGGAAUCUCACUGAAAUUCAUAAGCAAACAUCAGAAGUCCCACUAGUUAGCGUAGAUUUAAGUUUAUUUAAUUUUAAUCAGUAUUGUACAGUAAAUGUAGAAAGAUGUGUGACACUGUGGGAUGUAACUAAAAUGAAACAUAUACGUAAUAACACUGUAAUGCAAACAACUGUACUGGAUGAUUCAUGGGGAAGUGUAAAAUUUGAUACGAUGGAUCCAAAUGUUAUUUUAUUUGUAGAUAGAUGUUGUCUUCAUUACCUUGAUAUUAGGAUUCCAUUUGAUAAACCGGCAUUAUCAUUGUGUCCAAAGCCAUUUUUGGAAAAGUGUGAAAAUAUUACAUUAGAUAUUGAAAGUAGACAUCAUUCUUGUAGAUAUAUAGGGACUUACCAUAGUGUUCUGAUGUGUGAUAAUCGUUCUCCAAAACAAUGUGUACAACAAAAAUGGACUCAUCAGUUUAAAAAUCCACCACUAAUGGGUCAAACUGUGAACAAAGAGGACAAGGAAUUUAUUGUUUUGUCUAGUCAAGUACCUACUGAAACUACAAUACUUUUAAAUACUUGGAUAAGUAAUGAAACUUCACAUUCGUUUAAUUUUCCAUUUACACCUUCUCAUGUCAUGGAAACGUUGAAUGAAUCUCAAUUACAAGGAAUGUGUUUGAAUCCAUACUUGAAACAUAGAUUUGAAUUAUGUAAUGUAGGCUCUGUAAUUAUAAAAAACGAAAGUGAAAAUAUAUUCUUGUUUCUUCAAAAUUCAAUCGGAGACAUAUAUUAUCAAUGUAUAACACAUGACACUCCAUUGGACAAAUAUUCACCUAUUAACUGCAAGUCAUAUUGUAUAUUGAGUACAUGGGAAAAUGUAGUAUCUUCACAAACAGACGCACUAUCACCUUUAACAAUAACUGAAAAAUCAAACAUGCAACAUGUUUAUGAGUGUUUUACAAAUAAAAAGUUACGAUUAAAGUGUAAAGACGGUGAAACGGAUAAUGAUUUUGAACCAAGUUGGAAACAGUCCCUUGAAAAAUUAAAUUCUUAUAUGGAUAUAUUAGCACCGGAACUACUAGCUGUGUGGGAUAUAUGUGAAGAAGUACCAUUGCCUUUAACAGCAGCACCUCACCAAAAAGUUUUAAGUUGGCUGGAAUCUGCAGAUACUAAAGCAACAAUAUUCUCUCAAGAAGAAUUGGAGAAUGUAGCAACACCAGUUAAUACGCAAGAAUUAAUAAGUGUAUCACAAGAAAUAGAUAUAACCUGCUUAGAUGACAGUAAUGCGUUACAAGAAUUACUUUUACCGAAAGUUAAAUCCCGUCCAAAGAAGAAGGAACAUGUACGAAAAAAACGAAAGAUAUGAUAUUUAUGUAUUUAUUUAUAAAGAUAAUUAUAUUUUUAAUAAAAUAACGCAAUAAAAUUAUGAAGUA